AUGAUUGUUGAUAGAUUCUGGGCAGAAUUAUUUCGACUUUCAUCAGAUCGAAGUGAAUGGAUCAUUCUGAAUCCAUCGUUGCUUUCUAUUACAGUUGCUGAAGUACAGUCAACACAAAAACGUACUUAUUCAAUUUACAAAACAGUUCAAUUCAUUGCAAAAAGUGAAUUAGGAAUUGUUUCUGAGCAAAUGUUAGACACAUCAAAUCGUGUUGUUCGAGUUUCUUCUUGUUUUGCGUAUUGGCAUUAUGAAGGAGAGACGUAUGGCAUCAACGUAGCUUCCACUGAUGACUGUGACAGAUUCUGUAAAUUAAUCAAAGAUGUUUCUUCUAUUUCAUCUGACUCGAAUACACGUGAAGUCACUUCAGUGCCAAAUUUAACGCAACCUAUAACUAUUCGCGCACAUAUAAUGCAAAUUUUUGAAGUAGAAAAUGAUGUAAUCAAAAAUUGUAGCGCUCCAUUUGCAGAAUGUGUCUUAAAGCUUACUCAAAAUGGAGCUUUAGUUCGGCUAAAUGGCAAAGAUUUUCCACUUAAUUUGGUAAGUUAA